AUGAUUGAAAUAGUAUGGGCGGAAGAGAACGACUUCGUCGCCAGCGUCGCAGAGUGCAAGCACAAUGUUGUGCUGGAGGACGAGUUUAAGCAAGCCUGGGGAUGCGGCGUCGUCGUGACUCAGGAGGACAUUGACCGCGUUGUCGCGCAGGUUGUGGAGGAGGAGCGUGCUGUGCUGGAGGAGAACGGCUGGGGAUACAAGGCCCGCCUCAUCCCAAAGGUCCGCAAGCAGCUCCAGUUUGCGUCCGGAAAGCUGGUGAACGAGGCACUGGACCGCCAGUUGGUUUCGGUGCUUGGCGAGAACACGGCCGACGCAAAGGCGAAAUUCCAGGAGAACAUGAAGAAGAAGCGCAAACAGAAGAAGAAGGAGCAGAAGCAAGAGCAGAAGGCCGCCGAGCAGGCUGUCACCCAGCAGCAAGAGGAGAAGGCUGAGGAGAAGACGGAGGAACACAAGCAUGACGGCGGGCAGAAGGUGACGCCCUGGGAGGCAUCAGCCGACAAGGAGUUUGACUACAACCGCCUUAUUGAGCACUUUGGAUCCCAGCACCUCACCCAGGAGCACCUUGACAAGAUUGCUGCACUCGGCAUUCCCGUCCACCACUUCCUCAAGCGCAACAUCUUCUUCUCCCACCGCGACUUUGACACCGUCCUCGAGAAGAAAGCAAAGGGCGAGCCCAUCUUCCUCUACACCGGCAGAGGACCGUCCUCGCAGGCCAUGCAUCUCGGCCAUCUCAUCCCCUUUCUCUUUACCAAGUACCUUCAGGAGGCGUUUGACCUUCCGCUUGUGAUCCAGAUGACAGAUGACGAGAAGUUUCUGUUCAAGCGCAACCUCACCCUGGACGACGAUCCGGAGACCGGAGUUGCCGCGCUGUGCCGCGAGAAUGUCAAGGACAUUAUUGCUGUUGGCUUUGACCCCGACAAGACGUUCAUCUUCUCCGACCUCCAGUACAUGGGCGGCGAUUUCUACCGCAACGUCGUCCGCUUUGAGCGUUGCGUGACGCUCAACCAGGCCAUGAAGAUCUUCGACUUCACCCGCGAGAACAACAUCGGCCAGAUCUCCUUCUGUGCAAUCCAGGCCGUGCCGUCCUUCCCAUCGUCAUUCCCCGGCAUUAUCCAGCCCGGUGCCCACUGCCUCAUCCCCUGUGCCAUCGACCAGGAUCCCUACUUCCGCCUGACGCGCGACGUUGCGCCACGCCUCGGAUACGAGAAACCAUCGCUCCUUCACUCCGUCUUCUUCCCUGCGAUGACGGGCGGGUCGUCGAAGAUGAGCUCGAGCGCAAACGCCGUCGCCAGCAUCUUCCUCACAGAUGACCAGGACACCGUCCGCUCAAAGAUCUUCAAGUAUGCGUUCUCUGGCGCCCCCAACACGCUGAAGGAAUUCAAGGAGCAGGGUGCCGACCUCGAUGCGGACAUUUCGUACCAGUAUCUACGAUUCUUCAUGGAGGACGACGAGAAGCUUGAGGCGAUUGGGAGCGCGUAUGCUGCUGGCGACGAGAAGAUGACGACCGCAGCCGUCAAGGAGGAGCUCACAAAGGUCCUCCAGCACAUUGUCAAGCAGCACCAGGAGCGCCGUGCACAGGUGACAGAUGCGGACGUUGAGAAGUUCAUGACGCCGCGCAAGCUCGGUGGCCAGUCAUUCUAG